AUGUCCGGAUUAUGGGCACGUGGCGAGCACGUGACGAAUGUGGGUGGAUUUGGGGAGAUUAUCCAAUACGCCGCCUACGAAGCAUGCACCUUCGCCUUCAUACCUCCGAAGCCACCACACUUCGGCGGCCUGUGGGAAGCAGCAGUGAAAUCGGCCACACAUCUCCUGGUGCACGCCACAGGCAAUGCGCUGUUAACCGCCGAAGAAACCGCAACGCUUCUCGUUGAAAUAAAAGCAGUAUUGAACUCCCGACCGCUUGCACCACUCAGCAACAACCUCAACGACGGCGAGGCGCUAACGUCAGCGCAUCUGCUAAUCGGUUGUCCUUCGCGAGCUUUGCCACCGGAGAAAGUACCCGACAACCCCAGCCGCUGCUUAGAGAGAUGA